AUGAGUCGAGUAGCUUUUGUACCGAAAGUCUUCGUAGUAGGUCAGGUGAAUGUGUCCCAUUAUGAUGAACGGCGAUAUUUGGAAGGGGUCGUGUUCGAGAGAAUGUACCAAUGUGAAAGAAUUUACUAUUGGGGUGACAUGGCGGUAGGGCGGGCGGGCGGGCGAGAGCGGGUUCCGCCUCCCCGAUUCCUCGCCCCUAACUUUAUUAAUCAUCCCCUCACUGAGGAAAAAGUGGUUCGGGAGGAAGACGAAGUUGUGCGAGAAGAAGAGAAUACGAAACAAAUGUCUAUGGAAAAAGACAAGACAGCACCACGUUUGGAUUUUGAAUCUGGGAACUCAUGCUCAACUUCACAGAGCUUGUAUGACAUGUAUGAACUCAACAUUGUGCAAGGAAUUAAUCAUCAGAUGAACUUGGGCUCUUUGGUGAAUGAGACUGGGUCUCUUUACAAACUUUCAUUGGGCCUUGCCCAAAUGAAAAGCCCAGAUUUGUUAAGAGAAAAGGAUCGAAGUUUCAGUUUCGGGGUUUGGGUUGCGAUUGAGUGA